CAAAAUCUUGAUCACAAAACUUUUAUUUUUAUUGUUUUGAUUCACAAUUUUAAUAAAUUUCACAAGAAUUUACACAACAUUCAGUCACAAAGAUGAUUGACUUCGACAUCCCCGACUACCUUAAGUCAAUUAAAGGCCAAGGACCUCCAUUUAAAUGUCCAGCAUGUGAAAAACAAUACAAAAGUAUAAUCGGCUUGCAAUAUCAUUUAAAAAAUCAUGACCGUGACCCAACAGUCUCAGCUACACCAGCAACGCCGACUCCAAAAAAGCGCAAAAAAGGCAAAAAUACGCCAAAAAUUAAAUCCAACAACAAAAAUAAAUCGCCAUCGACGCCAAUCGAGAAUCAAAUAAUUUUUGAUGAUUCACAAAAUUUGGUCCUUAAAGUCAAAGGAAAGACAAUUCCACUUCCAAUUGAUGAGGACAUUCCAUUGAUUGACAUGCAAGUUUAUGAAAAAAUGACAGCACAUUCGAAUUAUGAGAUUGAGGACAUAGAACCGCCAAAAGAGCCAAUCAUAAGCUUACCUCAAGCUGUAUACAGACCAGUUGAUGAUUAUGCCAUACUUGAUGCUCCACCAAAGCCAACUGGAUAUAUAAGAUUCAUUGAAAAGACACCAGAGGAACUAGAUGGUGAAAUUGAGUAUGAUGUUGAUGAGGAAGACACGACAUGGCUGGACAUGAUUAAUGAUAAAAGAUCUGAGACAAGUUUACAUGCGAUUCCAGUUGAGACACUUGAGCUGCUCAUCGAUAGACUUGAAAAGGAAUCUUACUUUCAAGCAGCAUCAAAUGGUCAAGCAGUCUCGAUUAUCGAUGAGGAUGCAAUCUGCUGCAUCUGUAUGGACGGCGAGUGUCAAAACACAAAUGUCAUUUUAUUCUGUGACAUGUGCAAUUUGGCAGUUCAUCAAGAUUGCUACGGUGUGCCUUACAUCCCAGAGAAUCAAUGGCUAUGCAGGCAAUGUCUUCAGUCACCAAGCAAGCCAGUUCAGUGCAAAUUAUGUCCAAACUCUGGUGGUGCCUUUAAACAAACAGACACAAGUGAAUGGGCACAUGUUGUCUGUGCUUUAUGGAUUCCAGAAGUUCGAUUCGCAAAUACUGUCUUUUUGGAACCGAUAGACUCAAUUGACUGCAUCCCACCAGCUCGAUGGAGGUUGGUCUGUUAUAUCUGCAAGCAAAAGACUGGAGCUUGCAUUCAAUGCAACAAGAAUUACUGCUAUUCAGCCUUUCAUGUCACAUGUGCACAAUAUGCUGGACUGUGCAUGAGAAUGGAGACUGUCAAGUCAAACGAUGGACAAAUGAUGGUCCAGAAGAUGGCAUUUUGUGAUCAGCACACGCCAUCAAAUUAUGGAAGUGAAAAGUCACCGAUUGAGAAUGAAAAAGCGCGGGAAGAAUGCAGGAACAAGAUGAAGUUGGCGAGAAAAAUGUUGGCAAAAAAGAGAUCGAGUGCGCCGAUAAUUUUGAUUCCGACAAUUCCAACUGAGCGAGUCCAGGAGAUCUCAAAUUUGGUGAAUUUUAAGAAAAAGGAUCAUUUUAUGCAGCGACUGAUUGCUUAUUGGACAUUAAAAAGACAAUUCAGGAAUGGAGUUCCAUUGCUGCGACGAUUGCAGACAUCAACGACAAGUUCACAUUCUAGAGGAGGACUUGAAGGAUCACCGGAUGCUAAGGAACUCUACAAGCAGCUAAAAUACUGGCAGCAUUUAAGGCAAGACCUAGAACGAGCCAGGCUCCUCUGCGAGUUGGUCAGAAAACGCGAAAAACUCAAGAUGCUGCUUAUUAAAGUCAAUGAGGAAUGUGUAAUGACUGAAGUUGAUCCACUUGGAACUGCCAUGCAUAAGAUCAUCGACCAGCUAGUCCAAAGAGAUACUAUGGAGAUAUUCUUGGAACCAGUCGAUGUCAAUGAGGUUCCAGACUAUGCGAAUGUCAUCAAAAGUCCUAUGGACUUAGGAACAAUGAGGGAGAAACUCAAGUCUGGUGGAUAUGACAGCUUAGAUGAUAUGGAAACUGAUUUUUCAUUGAUGAUAAGAAACUGCUUGCUUUACAACAACAAAGAGACAAUAUUCUAUAAAGUGGGAGUCAAGAUGAAGGAACAAGGAGGAGCAGUCUUCAAACAAGCUAGAAAGGAACUUGAGAAGUCUGGAUUAAUUGAAGCUCCAAUCGCUGAUGGUGAAUUAGUCAAAAUAAUUGAUAAAGAAAUGAAAGAAAUUGUCACAAAGCCAGCAUCAGUCGAAGGAAUAAAGAGACUUGAACAGCUUCAAAGCAGAGCUAAUUCCAUCAAGCACCAUCUUGCUAAAGCCAAGAAGAUGAAAAUCAUCAAAAUGGAAAUAAUAAAGAUGAAGAAAUUACUAAACCGAGGCAGAAAGAGUGCAGCUAGUACUGAAAGUGAAGAAUCUCAAUCUGAUGGAGAAUCCAGUGGAUCUGAUGAAAAAGAUAAGGACGAAUUGAAGACACCGACGAUGAGUCCAUUGAAAUCUUCGGCAUUGAGUACGACUACGUCUCCAUUAAGCAGUGGUGUUAAUAGGAGAAACGCCGUCUUAUUCACAAGAAAGCAACAAGUCCUCAAGCGACCAGAACUCCCAGACCUCUCAUCCAUGAUGAAGUCAGACUCACUCCUUGGCUCACUCAGCUCGAGAUUAGAUGAACUAAAGCCUAAACAAGAGGAAAAAAAGCGAGGACGAGGAAGAAAGCUUGGAUGGAGAAAGCAUCCAGUUGUAGGAACAAACAACUUGGAGUGCACACCGUCUACAUCCAGAAAUGCUAUUGAAAGCACCCCAAAAUCGAUGCUGCUAACACCAACGAUCCUUCCAAACACAAGCAUCACCCUCGAGACUCCAAAAUUUGACGCCCGUAUCCCAGACAGCUUCCGUCUGUACCGCGGUCAAGGAUCAAAUUCUGAAAAUUCAGAACAAUCUGAAUUCUCUGAUUCAUGCACGAGCUGUGAGUUCAGUGAAUCGUACACAAACUCAGAAUAUGGAUCAAGUGGGUCAGAAAAUGCGAGUGAUUCAGAAAUUGGAAGUGACAAUAACAGCGAUUCUGGUUCCUUUAAUCAACCAAUAAAUGCAGAUGAAGAUUCACAAGGAACAGCUACAACAACAACAAGAGCCAGUGGAGAUAAGAAGGAUGAAGAGUCAAGACUUAGUGAAAGUGAUGAUGACACUGGCCCAAUUGCAUCCACAUCAGCUGGUGCCAUGAGAGCAUUUGCAAAUGCACAAAGUGGAAAAUUGAAGCCAUUACAGCUCGUCUGGGCUAAAUCUCGAGGAUAUCCAUGGUAUCCAGCCUUAAUAAUUGAUCCAAGCAUUCCAAAAGGCUUCGUUCACAAUUCAGUUCCAUUGCCAUGUCCACCAGACAAUGUCCUGACACUGAGAAAGAAUCAAACCAGCGAUGACUUCUUAGUUCUGUUUUUCGACACAAAAAGAACAUGGCAGUGGUUGCCGUCUUCGAAAUUGGAGUUGCUUGGCAUACAAAAAUCAAUUGAUGAGUCAAAAUUGAGUGAGUCAAAGAAGCCAACAUUAAGAAAGGCUGUUAAGAAGGCGUAUGAGGAGGCUCUGCAUUAUCAGAGUCAAGUGACGAAGAAGAAGCCUGAAGGGAAGUUGUAAAUGGAUUUUGUAGGGUUAAGACUACAAUUGGGACUGCUUUAUUGUGGAAAGAUAUUCUGAGACUUGGUAAUUUAACACAUAAGAAGGACAUAAUCAAUCAGAUUUGAAUAUUAGCUAUAGGAUACACUUCAAGAUGUACCCUAGCCCUCUAUUAACCCGAGAAGUGUCUAUUCUGCCUACUUUGAGCUUAUAUAAUAAUCAUAAAAAAAUUAAAUCUCACUAAGAACUAUUAAAAAUUGUUAACUCAACUCAAAUAUCAAGAUUUUUGUAAUUUAAGGUUAAGUUUUGUUUGGAGACUUUUACUGAAAAUUGGUUGAAUUAUUAAAUUAUUGGAAAGUUUGUUUUCAAUUUGUAAGAUUUCGUUAAUAAAAUUCUAAC